AUGGUCGGCAAGGACUGCGUCGCAAUCGCCUGCGAUCUCCGCCUCGGAAUGCAAGCCCUGACCGUCUCCAACAACUUUCCUAAGAUCUUCAACUAUGCCCCCGGAACAUAUCUCGGUCUUACCGGUCUUGCUACCGAUGUUUCUACCGUUUCAGACCUCUUCCGCCUAAAAGUGAACAUGUACCGCCUCCGCGAAGAACGGCACAUCGCACCGCAGACCCUCGCCAAUCUCGUCAGCUCAACGCUUUAUGAGAGACGCUUCGGAGCUUACUUUGUAAGCCCUGUUAUUGCUGGAAUCAACAACACAACGGGGAAGCCUUUUAUUUGCGGCUUCGAUAGCAUCGGGUGUAUCGAUUUCGCCAAGGAUUUCAUCGUGAGCGGAACGGCGAGCGAUCAGUUGUUUGGUACUUGCGAGGGCUUGUGGGAGCCGGAUAUGUCUCCCGAAGAUCUGUUCGAGACAAUCUCGCAGGCACUUCUCAGCGCCGUUGACAGAGAUGCCCUGUCUGGUUGGGGUGCACAGGUAUACAUCAUAGAGAAGGACAAGGUGACUCAGCGACUACUAAAGGGACGACAAGACUAG